GGCUGUCGGCAUUUUUUUUGUCGAAAAAUUUAAUAAUCAUAUCAUCAAUAAUUACCGUCCAUAAUCAUUUCCACCGGAAAUAUUCAUUGAUAAAUUACAGCCAACAAAUUAUAACCAUAAUGUUUUCGACAUUAAAGUGACCUUUUUAUUUAUUUGAAGUAAUGAUAACAAACUUCAAAAAACUGACGAAAUGCAAUACAAAAUCGAAGAAUUGAAUUGACCAUCACCACCACUCAGUAGCCAAUAAUAGGCUUUUUGUUGUGAUUUCGAAUUUUCGAUUUCUCAAUUUUUGUUUUCUUCAUCGUUAUUGUUGAUCAAUUCGAAAAAAAAAAUCAUAAAGGAAAAGAAGCUAUAAGGAAUUUCGUUUUCGUUUUUUUUUUGGUUUGUUGGUGUGUGGUAUGUAUAAUCAACUACCAUCAUCAUCGUCAUCGUCACUGUUACAGAAUCAUCAGCAUCAACAAUUGCCGCCAUUACAAAUGCAUCAUCAACAUCAACUACACCAUCAUCAUCAUCAUCCACAUCAAGCGGCCGUAUCAUCGACAUUGAAUCGGCAAAAAUAUCAACAGCAGCAGCAGCAAGGACAUUAUCCACAUCAGCAACAACAACAAGUCAAAUAUGGUCAUCAACAACAACAACAAUUUCAUUCGACAUUUGAAUCAUUUUUACAUCUACCAAUUUCACCACCAGCAGCAGCUAUUUCACAACAACAACCAUUAAGUCAUCAUAAACAUCAUCACCAUUCACAAAUGGCUCCAUCAAGAAUGAUUAGUGAAAAUGAUUUUCGAUCUGGUUCAAAUAAUCAACAAUCUUUAUUGUCGUUGUCUGAAUCGGGUGAUCAAGAUGAACAAUCAUCUUGUGGAUAUGGGCCUAUGAUUGAAAACGAUGAUCUUGAUUAUAAUGAUGAUGGAGAUGGCGAUGGUGGUGAUAACGAUGAUAAUGAACGUUCGAAUAGCCAUUAUAAUUCAUCAUGGAUAUUUCGUGAAGAUUUUAUCAUCAAUCAUACACCAUCAAGGCGACAUGGUAUUAGUUAUACGGACGAGAUUGAAUAUCGACGUAAAGGAACAAAAUUUAUAAGAGAUUUGACGAAAUUGUUGAAAAUGAAACCUAUCUGUAAAGAAACGGCAUAUGUCUACUUUCAUCGUUUUUUUAUGUUACGAUCAUUUAGGCAAUAUGAUCCUAUACGUAUUGCUAUGGCAUCAUUAUAUUUUGCCUGUAAAUAUGAAGAUCAUCCGUUGCCGAAAGAUCAUCUUAUACAGGUAUCAUAUUUGUUGAUUAAUAAUUAUGUCAACAAACAGCAGCCAUCACAUAAAUUGAAUAAAGAUGAUAAGGAAUAUAUUGAAUACUGUGAUCGAUUAAUAUUGGACGAAAAUUUGAUGAUACAAUUAUUAGGAUUUGAUAAUUUACGUGUAACACAUUUUCAAGUGUUGGUGGUUGAAAGUUAUUCACGUAAUCCAAUUGCCGGCACUACACAAGAAUUAUACACUGCAGCAUAUCAGAUUGCUUCAGAAUUGAAUCGAUUAUCUACCCUAUGUCUGGAAUAUACGGCACCAUUUUUGGCUGCUGUAUCAAUCUAUUUGGCUGCUUGCUACAAAACGAUAAGGCUUCCGGAUGAUUGGUGUCAAACUAUCAUUACGGAUAUGAAAAAUCCUGUUGAAAUGAAAAAAAUGGUGAUACAAAUUGGUGAAAAAUAUCGUGAACCAUUAUCAUCAUCACAAUUGAUACAGAAAAUUUUAUCCGAAGAAUAUCUACGUCUUCAUAGAUCACCGCCGGGUGUAAUGAAAAAAUCUUCGGACCAAAAAUCCAAUUCGUCCACUAAUGAUCAACAGAAACAACAGCAUCCUGCAUUAGGAGCAUUAUUGAUGACAAAUUUUUCACCUGAUAGUGCAUAUUCAAGUUCUAGUUCAACGGCUGCUGCUUAUUCGCCGGCCGAACAACAGCAGCAGCAUCAACAACAACAACAACCGGUGAAUCCUACUCCUACAUCAAACAUGUCUGGUGAUCGAAAAUCUCAGCUACAGAUGAAUCAUUCAACGGCUGGUGGAAGAAAUUUCAGAUCAAUGGUGAAUCCGAUUUCUGUUGGUUCACAAUCUCAACAACAACAACAACAGACAAGAUAUUCGAUGGCCAAUAAUAGCAACAACAAUUACCAAAGUAAUAAUAUGAAUCAACAACAAACGAAUAAAAAACGUAGUUCUACUGCUAACGCAUUGAACAACAACAAUCAUGUUAUUAUGAGUAAUAAUAAUAAUGGUCACAUCAGUAAUUUUGCUCAACAACAACAACAAAACAUUGAUUUUUUAAACAUCCAAAACAACAACAACUCGUUAAUAAAUAGGCAUAAUUUGUUGAAUCAACAUUAUCGAUCAUUAAUUAGUGGUAAUAUAAAUAAUAACAACAAUAAUAAUCAAUUAUCUACAAGAAAUCUGCAACAACAAAUGAGUAGUAAUAAGAAAUUCAAAUCAAAUCAUUCAAUGGAAACAACAAAUUCUAAUGAAUAUUACAAUCGUCACAAUAAUAAUCAUGCUGCCUAUGCGAUACAACAACAAUUGGGUUUAAUGUUUCAACAUUCAAAUGCGAAUGGUGGUGGUGGUGUUGGUGGCAAUAAUAUUCCAAUUAAAAUUUCAUCUGUUUUAUGUGUGUGA